AUGCGGUUGGUAGGUAAAGUAAACAUGGCGGAGGAUGGUGUGAAUUCCGUGGACAAUAAACAAACAUUUUUCAAAAACGGAAAUAAACAAUGGGUGAAGUUGAAUGUGGGCGGAACGUAUUUUUUGACGACUAAAACGACGUUAGCUCGCGACCCAAAUUCAUUUUUAUUCAGACUAGUCCAAGAAGACAGUGAUCUAAUUUCAGAUAAGGACGACACCGGCGCUUAUCUAAUAGACCGCGACCCGAACUACUUCUCCCCUGUGUUAAACUACCUCCGUCACGGCAAACUAGUGAUAAACAAGGGCCUCGCCGAGGAGGGCAUCCUCGAGGAGGCCGAAUUCUACAACGUCGCAGAACUGAUCACUUUAGUCAAAGAGCGGAUAUGCCACCGCGACAAUCGCCCCAGCAAAGACAGCAAAAAGCACGUCUAUAGAGUCCUGCAGUGCCACGAAGACGAGCUCACGCAGAUGGUCUCGACCAUGUCCGACGGCUGGAAAUUCGAGCAACUCGUCAACAUUGGCUCGCAGUACAAUUAUGGGGCUGACGAGCACGCCGAGUUUUUGUGUGUCGUGAGUCGCGAGUAUGGGGCCCGCGAAGGCAUCGAAGUCGAGCACAGCGAUAAAGCCAAAGUGCUGCAACAGAAGGGCUCCCGAAUGUAAUAGUUAAAACACAAGGACUGAAACAAUAUCGGGGGCGCAGCCCCUUGACAUUUCUAGGAUUUUUUGCUGCCGCUGUUAGGACGCCAUUUUUUCAGUGGUAACUUGAUAUUGUAAAAUAUUCUCGGACACGUGACUCAAAUAUGACAUUUUGAAUGUCACUCGUCUUAAGGUUGAGUGUUUUCUUGGCGUAUUUUAGGUCAGGUGCCUUUUAAAAUCAGUUUUUUCCAAAAAGAGGCAAGUUUUUACACGAAAUGCGACAAGAAACUCGAUGGGGUCUGAUUAUAGUAUAUUUUGUGUAGUUUUUCCAAUUAAAAGUGUGUCAUAUUUACGUAAACGCACAAAAUGUACUGUAAAAUAUUAUUUUUUUAUCUUGCUUCAAAAAUCAUGACAAAAAUUAAAUCACUCGAAACGUUUUAAAGCAAUACACUCAAAUUAUUUACUUUUUGAUGUUUUAACACACUAACUCGAAAAUUCUCCAAGUUGGCAGUACUGUUUCUGUAUAAAUCAAACUACUAUGGAACCGUUUUUCCUUGAGCGUCUGUAUAAUAGAUCCUAUUUUGUACGGACUGUCUUUAGAGUAAUGUUUUGUAUAUUAAACGUUUGUUUAUAUCAAUAAAACUGUGCAAUCAAACAAUUUAUUAAAAGAAACCUUAACCUAGGACGUGGCCACUUGUUUCAGUGGAUUUUCCAAAUAAAUCGCCAAAGCGUUU